UAUAGAGGUUACAUAUGGUUAUAUGACUCAUGGCUAUCAUUUAUCUUUAAUGUGUUGGAACAACACUGAUCAACAUAUCCUAGAGAUGAGACCAUCACCGACCAGCUGAAGGAGCGCAAGGAACGUGAGAAAAACAACACCCCGGAGGCGAUCGCCAAAAGGCAAGCAGAGGAGGCGGCCGAGAAGAUCGCAGCCUUCAAGAAGAAUAUCGCCCUGGAUGCGCAGAAGAUGCUGAAAGACGAGGAGGAGAAGAAAAAGAAAGAAGAGGAAGAAAAAGAGGCAGCCCGAAAGAAGCAGUUCUUAGACGACAUCAAGGAAGCCUUGAAAGUGGUCCGCAAACUCGCCACAUCACCUGAGGAGGAUCCCAGUGGAGGUGAGUUGAUGAAGGCCGCAAAGGCCAGUGUUGCCCAGGCCUUGGCUGCUGCGACCAAGGCUGGUAUUGAUCAAGAAGAUAUCGUUGCAGCCUCACAAGCAGCACCCGAGGAAAACGAGGAAGAAGAGGAUGAGAAGGACAAGGAGAAAGCCCAAAAGAAGAUGAGUAAGAAGGAGAAAAAGAAGAUUGCCAAGGUUGCCGACGUUGCUGCCAUGCAAGCCAAAGAGGAGGGCAGGUCCAUUCCAGACAUCGCAAAGGCUGCCACGCAAGCAGCCAAGGCCUGGGGUGGCGAUGCUGAAGAUAUCAAGCUGGCAGCCGAAAAAGCUUUAAAGAUUGCCAAAGGAGAGAUCACGGUGGACCCCAACACGGAUCCCAACAAGGACGACUCCUCCAGUAGCAGCUCCAGCAGCUCCAGCUCAGUGGAGGAAGAGGAGGACCUUGGAGCAAUGGAUCGUCACAAGGCCAAGAUGGACGGUAUGGCGGCGAUUUAUUACUGGGGCUUGAAGCAACAGGCCGAGGCCGCCGCGCCGGUCGCAGCGGUCGCACCGGUCGCACCGCUUGCGGCUGCGGCGCUGGCGCCGACCUUUGCGAAGUCGGCACCCAGCAAGCCGAUGGCACCGUGAUGGCCGAGUCAGGGGAUCAUGUUCCGGACUGAAUGG